AUGGUACCAGAGUCUGUGUGUAUUAUUGGAGCUGGAGUAUUUGGCAUCUCUACAGCAAUUGCCUUGGGAAAGCGUUAUCCCAACACCAAAGUCACGGUGAUCGACCGGUUAGAGCCGCCUGUUAUAGAUGGCACCAGUGUCGACACCACAAGGUGUAUCAGGGUUGACUACAAGGACCCUAUUUACGCGGAGCUGGCACGCGAAUCGAUGGAUAUCAUCAUGAAUGAUCCUGAAGUGUCGCCGUUUUUCCACCAAUGUGGCAUGUCGUUUGUAUACGACGGGGGAACUGACAAAUGGGCCGAUAUCUGGAUCAAUGGUAAGAUAGCUGCUGAAAAGGCCAAUGAAGGACAUCCUGGUAGACUGCGAUACUACGAUUCAAAAGAGGCGGUGUACAAGAGUAUUCAUGGCGCUGACGCCGAACCAGUUGCUUCAAACAGCCGGUGGAAUAAAGGAUACACCAACUACCUGAACGGCUUUAUUGACGCCGAGAAAAGCAUGAAAGCGUACUACGAACGCGCCAAGAUGUACGGCAAUGUGAGGUUUAUCUUCAAAGAGGUGGACUCCAUUGUGUACGCUCCGGGGUCGUGCAAGGCGGAAGGUGUCAAGUUGGUCGACGGGUCGACAAUUGCAGCUGACCUCGUUAUUGUGGCUGCCGGGGCCUGGAGCUGCAAGCUUGUCAAUCUUGACGGGGUCUGCAAAUCCUCGGCAAUUGAGGUUGCCUGGUUUAAGGUGACCAAGGAGGAGGAGGACCAGUGGGGAAAGAUGGCCAUCACGACCAACCUGUCCACGGGAAUUAACCUCUUUCCGCCGUACAAUGGAGAGAUCAAAUGUCUGAGACGGUCGCCUGGGUAUAAAAACACGAUGAAGGUGCCAAAUCCCAAUCCGGCUAAGCAGGAGGCCUUGGAGAUCUCCUAUCCGCGGACUGUCGUCGACCAUCCGACCGACUGGAUCCCACAAGACGCCGAAGACGCUCUCCGCGAAAACCUGGCCGAGAUCAUGCCAGCGCUGGCAAAGAGACCGUUUGACCGCACCAAACUGUGCUGGCUCACACAGACCCCCUCAGCUAAUUUUGUCAUCGACUAUCAUCCGGAGCUGGAGGGCGUUCUGCUGGCCACGGGUGGCUCUGCGCACGCGUGGAAAUUUGUCCCUAUUUUGGGCGACAAAGUGGUGGACUACAUGGAGGGAAAGCUGGAAGCAACUUUGAAAGACAUGUGGUCGUUUGCAGAAAAGCUGAAGGUCACCGUGGACAAUGGCUCUGCCCCUCGGAUGGACGGCGAGCCUCAGGAGCUCCGUGAGGUGGUGAGAGAAUGUCCAAAUUGAACAUAUAGAUCAAAUUUAUCUGAUGUUGUGGCAGAGAGUGGCUGGUUUAGGAUGUGCAGUAGCUUGGAGAGUCGUCUACGUAAAUUUCGCGUGAAAUACCAGCUUACUGGUGGCAACAAGCAGUGGAAGACGGUCCACCUCCAACCCGAAGGAUGAGCUUGUGUGCAAUCGGCUCAGGUUGCCUGUCACAUUGCUUAACGAGGCUACAAACUACUAAGUGCGGAAGCAGGCUGAAUGUGUCCAUAGGGUACCGAGGUCAAAUAAAACCGCUUCGAGUAAAACUCCUCUUGAGAAGUGUCGUCGCUCGUCAAACCUUGGAACUGUCUGACAUAUAGCCAGCAUUUUUCACACUUGACUUCCGCAUAUGUAGUUAUAGCUCCAAAGAUCAAAACCAAUAACUCCUGGCUAUUGGAUACACACAGUAUAGCCUCAUCAAAACGUUUUCUCCAAAUACAUGCUUUGAUGUAGCUAGAAAAAUCCCUUGUAUAUGUUUUGGCGAGGGCUGCAGCCGCACAUUAUUGUUUGAAGUGAUGAUCAAUUUGAAUUUUUGGCUCCCUUAUGGUCAGCAACAACCGCAGCGCCCAAACAUCUUGCUUGCAUAGAAGUCGGAGCAUGUGU